AGUCCGCGGCCCGGUCGAGGGCCCCGUCCCCGUCGUCCGACGUCGGCCAUGGCUUCCCGGGUGCGGUGCUCGACGCCGUGCUCCACGCCGCGCGUGCUGCUGCUGCUCUUGGGCGUGGCGGCGGCCGCGGUGCUGGCGGCGGAGGACGACCCCGCCGAGGCCAACCGCUUCUCGAGGCUCGCCACCUACGUGAGGAGCUACGUCACCAAGCAGGGCAUCAACAUGAUGGUCAGCGACGACGACAUCAAGUGCUUGCUCGAGGCAGGCCGCGCGCUGCGCACCGACUCGACCGUCCCGGUGGCCAAGCCCAUCGUCUCGCUGUACAACCUGGUGAUGAGGACGACGCCGCGCUGCAAGCUGAGCCUCCUCGCCAAGAGCAGGAUGUUCUUGUCCGCCGACUUCGCCAAGAACACCAUGGGCAUCCUGCUCAACAUGGACGCCACCACCACCGAGCAUCCUUAAAGGCAGUAAAGACGCUCGCGUUUUUGUA